AUGGACCACACUGAUCACGAGUUAUUUUGUAGCAAAGAUCAAGAUAACUUAUCAACGAAGAGAGAUGUUUUCAAUCAGAGUAGACAUUUGGCAACAUGGAGCAAGAGAGUCAAGAAGAAGAAGAAGCGAGAAAGUCAACAUGAGAAAGGAAGAAAGUCAACAAGAAGAAAGCAAGAAAUGAACAAGAAGAAAGUAAGAAAUUCAACAAGAAAAGUAAAGACGCCGCUCUCCGACCGACUUUAUGGCGACGCCAAUCUCCUACAAUACCAACAAGUUAGCACUCAGCGAAAAUCAGACACAAGACACCAACAUCACAAGAACUCAACAUACCCUACAACCCUGAGGGCAUUCGAGACGUGGACAACAGGAGAUGAUGACGAUGUCAAACUGAUCGCUCACAGCAAGGGAGGAGUCCUAGUUCUUCGGAGACUUUGCGUGGGUCUUAAUCUGCUUGGAUCCCAGGCAGAGAAUUACGGCGCAUUGGAGAGCAUUAGUGAUCCACCUGUAGGAAACAGGUUUAAAGGACCCGAUCUGGUAGGUUCCCUCGCUGGUAUGGGUAUACCUGGCGCCUCGGAAUUCGCUCUUGCUGUAGUAUUCGGGAGAGAAGGCCCGGGCGGUGGAGGCGAGGAGCAGGAGGGAAACAAAGGCGAGAACGUACUUCAACAUUAG